CAACAUUUUACUCGGGAAAUGGAUUCAUGGUUACGGAAACAAAAAUAUUAAUAACAUGAUUAUUGACGGAGUCUUCGAUUCCCAGAUUGGUAGUGACCAUCUAUAGAAAAUUUCGGAACGCACAGUUAAUUCAAGACAGCAAUAGCGCCGGUUGUUACAGGAAGCAACUGCAAAGGAGGUCUGAGUCACGUGAUCGUAACAUAGUGUGCUGAAGACAUGGCGGACAAAGAGGAGACUGAGAAGACCAUCGCCGAAGACUUAGUUGUUACCAAGUAUAAAAUGGCCGGCGAGAUCGUAAAUCGGGUAUUAAGGCAAGUUUUAGAUGAAUGUGUAGUUGGAGCAUCGGUCAGAGAAAUUUGUGAGUUUGGGGAUAAGUUGUUACUUGAAGAAACCAGCAAGGUUUUUAAAAAAGAGAAAGAAUUGAAAAAGGGAAUUGCUUUUCCUACAUGCAUAUCGGUUAAUAAUUGCAUUUGUCACUUUUCACCAAUUGCAAGUGAACCAGAUCUUAUACUUAAAGAUGAAGAUAUGGUAAAAGUAGACCUCGGGGCACACAUUGAUGGCUUUAUAGCAGUUGUGGCACAUACUAUUGUCAUAGGUUGUUCACUUACAAGAAAAGUUACUGCUAGAAAAGCAGAUGUAGUGUUAGCUGCACAUUAUGCAUCGCAAGCAGCUUUAAGGCUUCUUAAACCAGGUACAGAGACUUACACAAUAACAGGGACAGUGGAAAAGAUUUGUGAAGCAUAUAAAUGUAAACCAAUAGAGGGAAUGUUAAGCCAUCAAUUGAAACAAUUCAAAAUAGAUGGAGAAAAAACUAUAAUUCAAAAUCCAAAUGACGCACAGAAGAAAGACCAUGAAAAGUACACUCUUGAAACUCAUGAGGUAUAUGCUAUGGAUGUACUGGUUAGCACAGGUGAAGGUAUAGGUAGAGAACAAGAUACGCGAGUUACUAUAUUUAAGAAAACAGAGGAAACGUAUCAGCUAAAAUUAAAAGCAUCGCGUAUGUUUUACUCUGAAGUCACUCAUAAACAUGGUCUUAUGCCAUUCAACUUGCGCACUUUUGAGGACGAGAAGAAAGCAAAAAUGGCAGUUGUGGAAUGUGUAAAUCAUAGGUUGAUCGAACCAUUUCAAGUAUUGUACGAAAAGCCAAAUGAAUUUGCUGCGCAAUUCAAAUUCACAGUACUGUUAAUGCCCAAUGGGCCACAUAAAAUUACCGGACUACCCUUUGACCUUCUCGCUUACCGAUCUGAUUGUGUCGUCGAAGAUCCUGAAUUGAAGACUCUUUUGUAUUCCUCGGCAAAUCCGAAGUCCGCAAAGAAGAAGAAAAAGAAGGCUGGGAAAACUGUAGGUGAAGUGGCAAUGGAAGUCGACGCCAAGGCCUAACACAACCAUUUUGGCGUUCAUCAUAACGUAUUAACGAUGUGCACAUACGUUACUUUUUGUUUAGCAGCUUCAGAGCAGAAAGUAGACACUUCUCACCUUCACCGUACCUCACUACUUGUUCCUGAUUUGGAACACAAUUUACAAAUUGUGAUUUCUCAUGUCGUUAUGCCCAACAUCUAAAAAAUCAUUGCUAUUUGUCUCGCGCACGCAUUUAUAUCCGUAUCAGUUGAAAAAAGUGUCGAGUUCUGCCCUGAAUGAAUCAGACUUCGUGACACAUUAUGUCACCAUUUAUUGACAUUUACGUUUUUAUACCGGAAUAUCUUUUAAUGGACCAUGGUAUUAUACACUGAACGAUAAUUAUUCAUAAGACAUUUUGCAGCUUAUGUAUUAUAUUUCAAGCAUGUGAACUUAUUUCGCAAAUAAUAUUCGGAUUAUAUAUGACUAUGUUAUGCGAAUUAGAUUGACUGAGCCAAAAAGUGAAUCGCACGUGCAUUCGUAUUGUGUUUCUUUAAUGGAAGAAACAACAAUAAAGUAUGAUUUUGAUUUCGUAAAUAUUUUUUGAUUGUAAUAGAAACUAUAUUGUGCUAAAUGUAUACGUGAAAUUUAGUUACAUUAAAUGAAAAAUGAUUUUAACAGAA